AUGCGGGAAGGUCACUAUGACCUGUGCAAGCUCGCUUGGGACCAUCUAAGUCAGGUCCUAACGCCAGAUCAGCACCCAUCAUUCAUCCGGUUCUCUGUAGGGCGAGUGCUUUCGUCUAUUUGCUUGUGUGGCAGCUACACAGUGGCGCUGGGCGUAACGGUGGGCGCCGGCUGUUUUUUGUUGGCGCUGAACGUGUUAGUAUUCGCGGGCAUCUACCUUCAGCGGGGCCGCGCGCGCCGCAACCGCCGCCGGCAUCAUCGGCAAGGGAGCGCCCGCGCGAGCUCCGGCACACACCUGGACCGCGAGUUGUCCGCGGUCGGUGCAGACAUGGGCGCUUCGGGGGCGGCACUGUCGCCGCGCAAGAGCAGUCUUAAGCGCAGCAGCGACUUGUCGGAGCUAACUGCGAGGCCGAGCAGCGGCAACGUCGCACCGCCCAAAAAGCGAGUGCAGAUCAAAGAGAUCUCGGUGUAGACGAGUUCUGAUUGCGACUGCACCCUUCGAGCUCGUCAGCUCGUACAAUAUUUAAGUCGACCCAACCAAUCUGGGUUUCUGUUCUUUUGUAUUAGAUGAUAAAUUAAAGGAAUUGUGAAUGGAUAUAAAUUGUUAGACUCGGUGUGCGGUGCAACCGAUUGACUCUGCUGCGUGCACGUGUGUAGACCUGCCGACAGACGUACGCGUCUCCCUCUCGACCAAAGUACCUACGGCUUUAGCCCUGAACCGUUCGCUCACUUCAGUUGUUUCUGUAUUUGUUACUAGUUUAAAUUAUGUCUUUGGACGUAGACGAUGCUCGAAUUUACUCAUAGUUGAUGUUGUUUCGUUCUAUUUCAUGUUGUAUGUUAUGUACCUUAAAUGUUUAAAGAGAUAAUCGAAAUCCUCAUGUUUGGAGAAUACUUCAAAAGUAUUCCUAGACCUUUACAACUUGUUUAGAAUUUCUUAAAGUCUUAUUUAUUUACUUGAUGUAAUGUAAUACAGAUAGAUUGAAAUGAUUACUCUAAGAUAUACAGUCUCCUGUUCGAAUCGAUACACUCGCUGUGCGGACACUCUGUAUAUAAUGUUUUAGCGUAAACUUGUAAAUAGUAGUGAUCGUCGUCGUCGAUAUCUGUGGACUCCGAUGGUUUUUUCAUCGCUGAAAUGAGAUUUUAGUAUUAAACCAC